GUAAAGCGAGAUGAGGAUUGGUGGGGCCCGCUCACUCCCAUCCCAUUCCUAUACGAAGCGUCGGAGCCUUUUAUUAUAUCGUCCUCCCAGUUUACUUCUCUUGUAACCCUUUCUCCCGAUUCCUAGACCAGUCCAGGAAGAAACCUUCUCGCACUUUUCCUGUUCUCUUCAGCCAUGUCUCAGGUAAUUACUGAUUCUAUGAAUUCAAAUCAAUCAAAAGUUCAUUAAUCAUUAUCAAUCAAAUCUCAUCGUUUUCGUUUUCCUGUAAUAUGAUUAUUACUGGCUGAAGCAUCAGAUAGCUUAGCUGGAGCUAGACUAUUCAAUUGGGUUAUGACAUGAGGAAGGGAAAAAAUUGGUGACUCAAAAGAUGACAAAUCUGGAGCAGCUGAUAGUAAAGGGCUUUCGGAAUCUGCUGCUUUACCUGGAAUGCCCAAUCCUUUUGAUUUCUCAGCCAUGUCUGGUCUCCUUAAUGAUCCAAGCAUUAAAGAACUAGCUGAGCAGAUAGCAAAAGACCCUUCGUUUAAUCAGAUGGCACAGCAACUUCAAGAUACAUUUCAACAUGGUGCCGCUGAAGAUGGAAUCCCUCAAUUUGAUCCUCAACAAUACUAUUCCACCAUGCAGCAAGUUAUGCAAAACCCUCAGUUUAUGACAAUGGCUGAGCGGCUUGGUAACGCACUGAUGCAGGACCCUUCCAUGUCCAGUAUGCUUGAUAAUUUGUCAAAUCCUACACAGAAAGACCAACUUGAAGAACGAAUGGCACGUGUCAGAGAUGAUCCUUCUCUGAAACCUAUUCUCGAAGAAAUAGAGCGUGGGGGACCAGCUGCAAUGAUGAGGUACUGGAAUGACAAAGAUGUGCUGAAGAAGUUGGGUGAAGCAAUGGGUUUUCCUGUUGGAGGAGAGGCAGCCACAUCCUGUGAAACAGGCGCAGAUGAAGUAGAAGAAUCAAAUGAAGAUGAAUCAAUUGUUCAUAACUGUGCAAGUGUCGGUGAUGACGAGGGCUUGAGGAAUGCUCUUGCUGCUGGUGCUGACAAAGACGAAGAAGAUUCAGAGGGAAGGACAGGAUUGCAUUUUGCUUGUGGAUAUGGGGAGGUAAAGUGUGCACAAAUUCUUCUUGAAGCUGGGGCGAAGGUGGAUGCUUUAGACAAGAACAAGAACACGGCUCUUCAUUAUGCUGCUGGGUAUGGUAGAAAGGAGUGUGUUUCGCUUUUGCUAGAGAAUGGUGCUGCUGUCACCCUUCAAAACAUGGACGGGAAGACACCAAUAGAGGUGGCAAAACUUAAUAAUCAGCAAGACGUCCUAAAGCUCCUUGAGAAGGAUGCAUUUCUAUAAGCAAGAUGGAAGGCACCAUUUAGUACAACGUACACCGAGUUGUCAUGUAACUCUCUCUUUUGGGAAUUUGUGGCGUAUGAUUAAUACAUUGUGGUUUGCAUACUAUUACAUAUACUUCCGUAUAUCUUUAUUAUGACCCUUUUAAUUUUGUGAGUGAAUGUUGUGUGUAUAAUUAACAAUACAGACCCCUUCAUUCUUUUCUUAGAUACCGAGUGCUUUUGAACAAAGAGGGGCAGCUAUUGAAUUUCAAUAAAUUUAAUUCUACAAAUGAACUAACAACCUAGGGUAAUGAGAUGCUCAUUGAUUCCAAUAGGGUAAUGAGAUGCCCAUUGAUUCCAAUGUAUGGUUAAUGAGGUUUUGGAUCAGGUCUGCCCUAAUUAGGUUAUGCUUGAUGCUUUAUUACUCCCCUCUUGAUUCUUAGAACGGAUAUUUGUA